AUGCUGUAUCCUACACUUCGUCUAGCACCUCGGCUUCGGAUAGCGGCUUGGCACUGCUGCGGCGUCGCGACUGCAACACCCAAGCAUCCCAAUCCAGGAAACUUUGCAAAUAGACCACGAGAGGAGAUGUCAGAGAUCGGCUAUCGUGGAGGUAAGAAAGGUGGCAAAGCUCGGGGUGUUGGCGGAUUCCAUGACAUGGACCCCGAGAAGCAGCAUGAUAUCGCAUCUCGAGGUGGACGUGCCACUCGCAAGGCAGCUAGGGAGCUGGCAGAAGCUGGGACCCAGGCACAAAAGCGCGAAACUGGACUGGGCGCAGUGCAUAGGCGUUCGCAUGAACCUCCCGUGGUACCACCCACGUUUGAAGAAUGGCAGACGUGA